AUGCAUGAAUGGAGGAAGCACUUCUCGUGUCCACACGUCAAGCGGUUAACCAUCACUUAUCCUUUUGUUUACUUCUGCCGUAAGUCUAGAGUUAGUCUAAAGACACCGAGUCUUGUGUACCUUGAUUACGCUGGUUUCGUCGCUAGAAAAUAUUCUGUUGCUUUGGAUUCGCUUGUGGAAGCUAGGCUGGACAUACGGUUAUAUGACCCGCCAAGAGUCCCUGGUACGGAUGAAUAUUAUGGAGAUGUUACGAGUUUAAUUCAGGGGAUGAGCAACAUCCAGAGCCUCCACUUGUCAUCUCAUUCUCUUGAGGUGUUUUACCAUUGUUGUGAUUCCAUGCCGGUGCUCAACAAGCUCCUUACUUUGUCUAUCGAGAGUGACGACGAAAAAGGCUGGCAAGCAAUGCCACGUCUGCUCAAGAGCUCCCCAAAUCUACAGACUUUAGUCAUCAAGGGUCUUACGCACAGAUUUGUUUAUUGGGGAACUUGUAUGCUGUUUGUCGAGGAGGGAGUAUGCAGUUUGUCGAGGUGUCGAGUGAAGGUGCUAGAGAUUUCAGGGUACGGAGGAAGUCUUAGAGAGCUGAAACAGCUGGGGAAUUUCUUGGGGAAGUUGGAAUGUCUUGAAACUGUGAGAGUUGGUGUUGAUGAAGAGGACAAUAACAAGUUUUUGCGAGAUCCUCUAAUGGCUCUCCCCAGAGUCUCACCAAAAUGCAAGAUUCUGAUUCUUCCGUUGUAG